GAAAAGAAAGGAUCGCGAAGGGAAGGGGGCGGAUGCUGGCGGCGCGGCGGGCACUGUGGCCGGGCUGGCGUGGCUGGAGCUGCGAACGCAGGAAGAUGAAGUUGCUGACGGCUGCGGCCCUGCUGGGGCUGGGCGGGGGUCUCCUAUUGCUGCUCUUCCCAGGCACUCACGCAGAGGAGCGCAAGAAGGGUCCCAAGGUCACGGUGAAGGUGUAUUUUGAUAUUAAGAUUGGGGAGGAAGAGGUGGGACGCGUUGUCAUUGGCCUCUUUGCAAAGACAGUUCCAAAGACUGUGGAAAAUUUUGUCGCCUUAGCCACAGGAGAGAAAGGAUUUGGGUUCAAGGGCAGCAAGUUCCACCGUGUGAUCAAGGACUUCAUGAUCCAGGGAGGAGAUUUUACCCGGGGCGAUGGAACAGGAGGGAAGAGCAUUUACGGAGACCGUUUCCCAGAUGAGAACUUCAAGUUGAAGCACUAUGGGCCGGGAUGGGUGAGCAUGGCCAACGCCGGCAAAGACACCAACGGGUCUCAAUUCUUCAUCACUACUGUCAAGACUUCAUGGCUGGAUGGCAAGCAUGUUGUCUUCGGCAAAGUUCUGGAAGGGAUGGAUGUUGUCCGGAAGGUGGAAAAAACCAAGACAGACAGCCGUGACAAACCCCUGAAAGAUGUCAUCAUUGCGGACUGCAAUGUCAUUGAGGUGGAAAAACCAUUCGCCAUUGCCAAAGAAUAAUCUCGGGCUGUUGAAGGGCCAGAUUCUGGCCUGGAAAAGGGCUGGAGGCCCUACCCUUCUUCCUGGGGCCUCGUUCAUCCUCCUCCAGCUGCUGAGCCCCCCUUCCAUGCUGGGUGGUGGGGCCUCCAUUUCUGCAACCACAGUUCGACACUUCCUCUUCCACCAUCGGCCUCGGUGGUCGGCAAGGCCCCCUUCCGAGGGGGACAGAGACGUUGCAUUGUCUCAUUCUUUUUUGUAAAAAAAGCACAUGGACCAAUAAACAUGACCAUUGUGGGUUUUUUUUUUU